AUGAAACUCCAGCACCUCCUAAACCCUGGACUGGCGGCACUGUCAGGACCCGAGCUGCUGGGAGGGAAUGUCAGUUAUUUGUUCAGCUUUGGAGAUUCCUACACCACCACCAGUUUCAAUGCCUCCUCGGUGCAGCCCACCCCGGACAAUCCCAUGGGCAAUCCCGCGCUCGGGCUGGGCACCGUUGCCGACGGAAUCAACUGGGUGGGAUAUUUGGCCACCAGCUUCAACGAGACCCUGACGCUCAGCUACAACCUGGCCAUGUAUGGCGCCACGAUUGACAAUUCGGUGAUCCCCAACGAGCCGGGCGAUUUAGUGCACCAGGUGUCACAGCAGUUUCAGCGCCAGUACUGUCAAUCCCAGACACCUCCCCGCGCAUGGGCCGCCGAUGCAGCCCUGUUUGCCAUCUGGAUUGGAAUCAACGAUGUCCAAUACAGCUAUCUCUCGCUCAACCCCGUCCUGCAGAUCACCGCCGCCAUGGAAACCUACGCCCGGCUCUUACAGACGCUGUACGAGUGCGGUGCCCGCCAUUUCCUCAUCGUGAAUGUGCCCCCGAUCACACGCACCCCGCAUAUGCUGGCUGACAGGGCCGAGCGACGCGUUCGCCAGCUGACUACGAUUCGAAUGUUCAAUGGGCUGCUGCUGGGGAUGGUGCGUCGGUGGCGCAGUGAGAAUCCAGAUACUACCAUGGCUUUCUAUGACGUGUUCGCCUUCAUGUCGGACGUCCUGGAUGACCCUGCGCGGUAUGGGUUCCGGGAUGCGCGGUGCAUGGGGGAGGGGUGUGUUUGGUGGGAUGAUUACCAUCCCCGCUCGCAGUUCCAUCGCUUCCUGGCGGAGGAUUUGGCCAGGGUGCUGGGUUUGUAA